CACAAUGUUACUGCUAUGGUUGGAGCUGGUGUUCUCAGUCUCCCUUAUGCCAUGUCUGAGCUUGGAUGGGGUCCUGGAGUAAUACUACUGACCAUGUCAUGGAUCAUCACCUUUUAUACUCUAUGGCAAAUGGUUGAGAUGCACGAAAUGGUUCCGGGAAAACGUUUCGACAGAUAUCAUGAAUUGGGUCAACAUGUCUUCGGCGAAAAAUUAGGUCUUUAUAUUGUGGUGCCACAACAACUCGUCGUUGCAGUUGGAUUGAAUAUUGUAUACAUGGUCACCGGAGGAAAAUCGUUGCAGAAGGUCCAUGAACUUCUAUGUACUGAUUGCAAGGACAUAAGAUUAACCUUCUUCAUUAUGAUUUUCGGCUCUGUUCACUUUUUGUUGUCUCAUCUUCCAAACUUAAACUCCGUUUCGGGUGUAUCUUUAGCAGCAGCAAUCAUGUCUAUAAGUUACUCUGUAAUUGCUUGGGCAGCUUCUGCUAAUAAGGGCAUUGCACACGAUGUGGAUUAUGGAUUUAGAUCUAAGACUACAGCAGGAACUGUCUUUGGCUUCUUCGAUGGCCUUGGCAAUAUCGCUUUUGCCUAUUGCGGACACAAUGUGGUUAUGGAAAUUCAAGCAACAAUUCCAUCUACACCAGAAAAGCCGUCAAAGCGUCCUAUGAUGAAAGGAGUGAUCGUUGCCUACAUAAUUGUGGCUUUGUGUUACUUUCCGGUUGCUCUCAUUGGUUAUUGGGUUUUCGGAAAUAGCGUUGAUGACAACAUACUCAUGAGUUUACAAAAACCAAAAUGGCUUGUUGCAAUGGCAAACAUAUUUGUUGUUAUCCAUGUUAUUGGAAGUUAUCAGGUUUAUGCAAUGACAGUGUUUGACAUGAUUGAAACUGUCAUGACGAAGAAGAUGAAUUUCAAGCCUACCAAAAUACUUCGUUUUAUUGUUCGAAAUGUGUAUGUGGCAUUGACAAUGUUGAUUGCAAUUACCUUCCCGUUUUUCGGUGGUCUACUAGGAUUUUUUGGAGGGUUUGCGUUUGCACCAACAACAUACUUUCUACCAUGCAUCAUGUGGCUUUCAAUCUACAAACCAAAGAGAUAUAGCUUGUCAUGGUGGUCUAAUUAUUUCUGCAUUGUGUUUGGGAUGCUGUUGACGGUUUUGGCACCUAUUGGAGGAUUGAGGUCAAUCAUAAUUAAUUGCAAGGAAUACAAGUUCUUCUCUUAA